CGACCUUAGAAGGCCAAGAAAGAAACAAUACUUCCACAGUUCCACCUAGUCACAGUGGGGAUGGUGGGGAGGCAGUUGGAAAAUAAAUAAUGAACUCAUUAAGAAUAUGAGCACUCAUUAACUCUACACUUGUGGGUGGUAGAGUAAUGGUAGUAGUGUAGCAUUGCUGUCCUUAAUGGCAAUCUCUCUCUCUUUCUCUCUCUUCCUUCCAUUCACUAUAAACUUCUAAGGUCACCGUUGUUUUCUUUUCAUCCAUUUCAAAACUUCUUUUUCUUGGUCUACUCUCUAUUGCCAAGGUGUGUAGUAGCCAAGAAGAUGAGUGCAGGUCGCUGCAUUGCGGGUGCAGUUCUAGUUUGUUUUCUUGUCAACUAUGUAGCAGUAGUAUUAGUUGCUGCUGAUGUUGUGAAUGAUGAUAAGCAUUUCUUUGGACCACUUAGGCAUCGGCAUGGAUUUGGUGGUGGUGGCGGUGCCGGUGGUGGACUAGGGGUAGGAGGUUUUGGUGGUGGUGCUGGAGGAGGAAGUGGGUUAGGCGGAGGAGGAGGAGGUUUUGGGGGUGGUGCAGGCGCUGGAGGAGGUGGGUUAGGUGGAGGAGGAGGUUUUGGGGGUGGUGCAGGCGCUGGAGGAGGUGGGUUAGGUGGAGGAGGAGGUUUUGGUGGUGGUGCAGGAGGAGGUGGAUUGGGUGGUGGUGCAGGCGCUGGAGGAGGUUUAGGUGGUGGUGCAGGUGGAGGAGGUGGACUGGGUGGUGGUGCAGGAGGAGGGGGUGGAGGGGGCGCUGGUGGUGGAUUGGGUGGUGGUGCAGGUGGUGGAGGUGGACUUGGAGGAGGAGGUGGUGGUGGGCUUGGCGGAGGUGGUGGCGCAGGAGGUGGUGGUGGGCUUGGGGGCGGUGGUGGACUUGGUCACCAUGGAGGCGUUGGCGGUGGGGUAGGAGGAGGAGGUGGACUGGGUGGUGGUGUUGGUGGAGGAGGUGGGCUUGGAGGCGGCGCUGGUGGUGGACUUGGACACCAUGGUGGCAUUGGUGGUGGUGCAGGUGGUGGAUUGGGUGGAGGUGCUGGUGGUGGUGCAGGUGGAGGAGCUGGUGGCGGUGCAGGUGGUGGAUUGGGUGGAGGUGCUGGUGGUGGGCAGGUGGAGGAGCUGGUGGCGGUGUGGUGGUAA